AUGAAAAGAUGUGAUCGAUGUCAACGCACUGGUAAUAUAUCCAAGAGAAGUGAAAUAUCGUUGAAUAGUAUCUUGGAGGUGGAAUUAUUCGACGUCUGGGAGAUCGACUUCAUGGGGUCAUUUCCUCCAUCAUUCUCUAAUGAGUACAUAUUAGUAGCUGUGGAUUAUGUAUCGAAGUGGGUAGAAGCCGUUGCAUUGCCUACCAACUACGGGAAGGUGGUGAUUGAUUUUCUAAAGAAAAAUAUUUUCACCCGCUUUAGCACACCGAGAGCUAUAAUCAAUGACGGGGGCAAACAUUUCUGCAGUCGCCAAUUUGAACAGUUGUUGACUAAAUAUUGCGUUAAGCAUCGUGUAGUCAUUGCAUAUCAUCCUCAAACUAGCGGACAGGUUGAAGUGUCCAAUAGGACUGCAUUCAAGACUCCUAUAGGGAUGUCACCAUAUCGACUGAUUUUCGGGAAGGUGUGCCACUUACCUCUUGAGAUAAAACACUAUGUUUAUUGGACAACGAAGAAAUUGAAUUUGGACUUGAAGGCUGCGGGUGAAAAACGUUUAUUACAACUUAAUGAGCUGGAUGAGCUCAGAAUGGAGGCCUACAAAAAUUCAAGACUUUACAAAGAAUGUACCAAGAAGUGGCAUGAUAUGCAUAUUCAUAGGCAUGAAUUUAUAGUGGGGCAAAAUUUGUUACUAUACAACUUUAGGCUUAAGCUGUUUCCAGGAAAGUUGCGAUUGAGAUGGUCUGGUCCCUGUACUAUUACACAAGUAUUUUCAUAUGUGGCAGUUGAGAUCACUCAUGGCGGUAAGGGGACAUUUAAGGUCAAUGGUCAGGGUUUGAAGCACUAUCGGAGCAGCGAUUUCUCAAAUGAAAAGUCUACCAUUCAUCUUAAACCAUGA